GGGGUUGACAAAGAAGAAUUGCAUCAUAGUUAGCAGCUGCAGAGGGAAGAGCUGAGCUUCAUCUGAGUGCCUCCGCAGAACUUCGUCUUCAGCCUUAGUGCAGACUGCAUCUUUGACUUCGGCUGCAGGGAAAAUAUGUCACCUAUCAUCACUAUUGUGUCACUCCUGGUUUUCCUGGCUAUCCCAGAGGGUAUCAGCCUGGGGGAUCAAGGACUGCCUGGACGAUGUCAGUGUAUCACCAAGGAGAGAAGGCCCAUUGGACGUUACAUAGGAAUGGUGGAGGUGAGCCUUGCCAGCUCCCACUGCAGCGACACUGAGAUUAUUGCCACUCUUAAAAAGGAUGGGCAAAAGGUUUGUCUGGACCCUGAUGCCCCUUGGGUCAAAAAAGUGCUUGAGAGGAUAAAAGUUGAGCAGGCACCUUGAAGAGCAAUUUGUUUCAGAGUGAAAACGGGACCAGUCAGAGAUUUUCGUCACCAAUGGUUCAUAGUGGAAAGAUUGAUUGCGCUGAUCGAGCACAAAGAGUUCAUUUAUGUGGCAGCUAUGUUUAAACUGUCUGUACCCGACAGUAGGGUGACAUUACCCUAUAUUGUGAACUAUGUUAACCAUCAUAUAUCUGCUUACUACGGAAGAGAUGGCUUUGAAGGCUCUGAAAUACAACAGGACAUUUAUAUAAAGAAACAUUAAAGAAAAACAUACAUACAAAAGGCAAUGAUUGUUAAUAAACUGUCAUUUCUAUUAA